AUGUCUGAAUCGUACACCAAGACCAUCCUGUUCAGGGAGCACGCCGAUGCCGCUCGCCUCGUCACGGAGCUGCACGACCUGUCCGAGCAGCAAGAUGCGCAAGGUACGGGCAUCUCGUCGCUCAACGGGCAGAAUGUGCAGAAGCGUGAUUUUAGCGUGUACAAGGACAAGAUGGUGGCACUGGAGCAGGACAAGUCGGAAUUCAUCUACGCCGUGCUUCGGAACAAGAAUGCCAGACGCAUCUUCGAAGCGGGCACCUCGUACGGCGUCUCAACCAUUUACCUCCUGCUCGCUUCGCAGGCAGCGGACGCCAAGGUAGACAAGCAAGGUGGGGCUGCCCCGGGAGCCAUGGUGUGGGGAACGGAGAAGGAGGAGCACAAGGCUGACGCUGCCAUGGCGAACCUGGCCAAAGCCAUGAAGCUGCCUGACGGAGCCAAGGAGAUCCCAGGCUUCACACUGCUGCGAGGCGACAUCCUCGAGUUAACGGAAAAAGCCAAGAUCGAGCCCGGCAGCCUGGAUGCGGUGCUGUUUGACAUUUGGGCCGAGAUGGCGCUGCCCACGUUCAAGCUGCUCGAGGCAUCGCUCAAGCCUGAUGCGGUGCUGUUCAUCGAUAACUGGCUCACCGGCGUCAAGAUUGGCACCUAUGCCGCCCUGCACGAGUACCUCGAGUCUAAGGGCUGGUACGUAGUUGCUAUGCCGUUCAAGAAUGGACUGGGCAUGGCCACGAGGGUUGUUUCGUAA